UUGCAAAAAUUACUGUUGUAAAUGAUCAAGAAAAAUAAACACUUCGAGAUGAUUGCAACAAUGAUCCUGUUGCAGAGGGCCUUCUGGAACACCACUUCUGUUACAAAAGGGUGGCUGCUUACGUGAGUAGAUCCAACAGCCAUUAGCAGGCAGCAGAUCUUUUCUCAUUAUCCGCCCGCCGCCCAAUAAAAAAAGGAAAGAAAGAAUUAAACAAGAAAAUAAACUGCCGUACUUGUGCCGGCCCAUGAGUGCGCGCGUUAGCAGCCCGAGUGUACCGCUCGCAGCGGGCGCCACAUAGCAGCUCCCCUCUACGAGACUACGACCCCCUAAAGAAGGCCUCUAGAAAUCAAGCCGACGCCAUCGUUCUGCCUCUGCAAUCCGCCACAGAGAACACCGGAACCCUCAGGAAGCUUCGAGAAGCCGCCCGCGCGGAGCCCCCAUGGAGAAGGAGAAGCAGAAGCAGGGGGCCGACGGCGCCCUCCUCCUCGCGCUGCGCUGCUCCAGGGCGUCUCUCGUCCUCUCCUCUCUCCGCCAGCCACCCCCCUCGACGGCGACGACCCGCCGGACCUCAUCCUCAGCGGAGUUCGAGCUGCGGAACGCGCGCCUCCUCGACGCCGAGCUCGCGGCGGCGCGGCGCGCGGCUGCCAGAAGCGCGCGGAUAUCCGCCGCUGAGAUUCUCUUCGUCGUUGCUCUGGUCCCCCUCCUCAUGCUCUUCGUUGCGCUUCUCGCGAGCGCUGCCGCGGAAGCGGUCGCUUGACCCGCGUCGACGACGUCAUGAGAUUCUGCGGCGACCGAACCCAAAGCCUCUGUGUUAAUUCCCCCCUUCCGGGCUCCGUAAGUUGACUCUGUUGUUCUUCAGCUGAGAAAGGAAGCUACGAUUGUGGUGCGGGCCUGUUUGGUGUUUUCGGUCUGCACGGUAGGUGUUCGAUCAAAUGCAUGUUCCUUUGUAGAUGUGUGCACAGAGUAAGGCUAAGGUUGUAGUGAUAAUUAGGAGAUCGGAAGAAAUCAUAGUGUGACAAAUGGUGCCCAUUCAUUGGGUUGCAUUUAUUUACUGUUUUCUGAUCCAAUUAUGCUGAAGGAAUGGUAGAUGCAGGGAUAUGCCUUGCAGUGUUACUGCUUG